GCAACGAGUGAGCUCGUAACAGCGGUGGCAACUUGUGCCCACGUGAUGACGAGUGAUGAUACCUGGACAAGGUCCAAGGCCGCAUUCCUGUUAGCGGCCGCACUAGGCUUGUAAGGCUAACCCGCAGCUAUGUCGUUUUUUGCCGGCUUGUUUGGUUGGACUUCUUCCGGAGGUUCCGAAGCAUCGGCAUCUUCCCGCGGGCCUGCAGCCCCACAGCCGAGCUACAGCUUCGAAAGACUGCAGCAGCUCUACAAUCGGCUGGCCCAGUUUCGGGAGAGUGAUCUCGAAAAGAGUGGAGAAGGAGAUGCGCUGAUUGAGACCGUGAGGCAGAUUACAGAGGCGCUGAUUUGGGGAGAGCAGACCAACAACAGUCAAUUCUUUGACUUCUUUUGUGAGAAGAGCAUCUUUUCUGAUUUGGUUCACGUGCUCGGCCUGCGGAAAGCUUCGAAGAAGGUGAAGCUGCAGUUGCUGCAGACGCUCUCCAUGUUAAUUCAGAACAUUCAUCGGCAAACGUCCGUGUACUACAUUCUGAGCAACAACCAUGUAAAUAGGCUCAUGUCGACCAACAUGGACUUUGACGAUGAGGAAGUGCUGGCAUACUACAUCACGCUCAUGAAGUCACUGGCAAUGCGGUUGGACAGCGAAUCCAUCAAGUUCUUCUUCAUCCAGCACCCGGAGCCGGCCUUUCCGCUUUACAUCGAAGCUACCAAGUUCUUCAGUCACAAGGAUCACAUGGUUCGGGCGACAGUCCGCACGAUCACACUUCAGGUGUACAAGAUCCAGGAUCAGCCGAUGCGCCGGUUUGUGCUGCGGCAUGCUGCGGAGUCAUACUUCAGCCAGCUGGCAUACCACUUGCAAGACCUUUGGUUGCGCCUCAACGCAGCUGCUGCCAAAGUCAACAGUGAGGAGGAUGUGUCGGUGGUGCAGCGGGAGAAUGAGCUGCAGCAGGACUUGCAGAUUUAUUUGUCGGACGUCUUCGAGUUGGGCAUCGACGAGCUGAACGAGGUGCUUGCGGAUCGGCUUCUCAACGGUGCUCUGCUGCCGGUGCUUCUUGCCGGACUAUCAGGGUCGAGCAACGAGAGCCCCGUUCGGAGCCUGGCGCCCCACGUGGCGCUGUUCCUGAUCCGACAGGUGCUGGACACCUUUCACUGCCCAGUUCUUGUGGAGCCGCUGGCACAGGCGCUCUUGUGGUCGUCCGUGCCUGCAGCAUUGGCCUAUGUACUCCCUGGCCAAGAUAGCACCGGCGGAAUGAAGGAGGCAGAGUUCGUGAAGAACCCGCUGCGAGACAACUUCUUGGGAACUCUGCGGUCUUCCGAGGAUCGCACCUUCCUGAUGGCAGCAGCGGUUGUGCACGGCUGCAUCAUGCAGAGGAGCAUUUUCUCCGAUGCCUUCUUGACGAGUGCCCAGCUGCUUCCGGGCAAGCGGGCGAAGGGGGAAAAGAAGGCGGCGAAGGGUGGCUCAGACUUGCCAGAGCCCUUGAUGCUCCUGCUGCAGGCCAUCCAAGAGCGGACGAGCUGGCAGCUACUUCCUUACAUGGCCCUGGCGCGCAUGCUGCUUGAGAUUGUGCAUGCCGACAUCAUGCCCUCUGCAGUUCAUGAGGCAGCCCACAGGGUCACCGAAUCUUCCAUGAAAGCAGCUGCCGUGCAUGUGCGGGAGGUCUUGCAGGAGGCUCAGCAGGGCGAAGAUGCGGGAGCUUGGCUGGUUGAUAUUUUUGUCGAGGAGUGGGAGCAACACAAGGCUGGCCUGCCCCAUCUGCCGGAGUUCUUCGCUGACCCGCGGCGCUUGGCUCCAGCACGAGGCGGCCUGGCAGGAAGGCGAUACUCCGUACAGCGCCAGGGCAUAGUCAGCGCGCAGAAUGCCGUGAGGAGCCUCUUCCUCACCAGGCGGCUGCUGCGCGGCCUGAGGAGUCCGGCCCCAGCCCAAGGUGAAGGACAGCCGUGGCUCCGCUACAGCGCGGAGCCUUUGCCACUGCAGCUCCCAGAGGAGGCGUCCCGUCCAUGCGAGGGCACCAGCCUGGACCUGGAGGAAUGCAGCUGCGUUGGCUGCAAAACUUUGGCUGACAAGGCUCGCCAGCUCAUCCUGGAUCCAGCCUGGCUGGUGCUCGCCGAGCCAAACCCUUCGAAUGCCGUGGUGACCACCGUGUGGCCUAUUUGGCAGGUGCAGUCGUUAAUCGACAGAAGUGACCCACGCACCCUGCAGAUUGGCAUGAACGCCCACAAGCCAGGGAUGAAGCCGGGAGAAGCGGUGGCGUACAAUCCGCCAGUCAGCACAUAUUUCACGCUUACCCUGAACUUUGGUGAUGUGAAGGCAUGCACCAAAGCAGCGGUUCACUUGCAAGCGCGGCGACGGGCCAUUCGAAGCGAAAUGCUGCAAAAGGCGGCAGACUUCGUCCAAACGUGCCAUGCUGGACAAGAUAGCUCCGAGCAUGAAUCACCUGCAAAGGCCUUGGAGUCAGUGACCACAACUGUGUUCUGAGCGAUUCCUGUAUGCAGCCGCUCGCUACCUACUUCAAGCAGUAGGUGCACAUAGGCUCUGCACACCACGUUGACAA